ACGACUGUUACUAAAGAGACUGGAAGAAGAAAUAAAUGGCAUUAAUAAUAAGGGUAAUGACGAUGAAUCUAUCAGCAAAUCAGUGAAAUCACCGAUUACCUCUGAUAUGAUAGAUUCAGAGUCUCAUGCCCAAGAGAUGUGCCAAAAUAUCAAAAGCAAAGGUAAGUGCAAAAGUGAUCAAUAUUGUGAAGAUGACGAUACUCUUGUCAUCGACAACCGUUUGGAUGUGAAUCGCAUCCAAGUACAUAAGGUUGAAGGUAAUUGCAUGGUGGAUCCAAAUUUCUUCUUGCAAGAAAUGCAUAGAACUUCUUUUUUAAAUGCCAAAUGUGCAAUUACGAAACAAGCGUUUGGUCACACUCGAAAGGUUGGUCACGAAGCCUUAAACAUCAACACGGCAAUAACAGCUGGAACUAUCACAAGUGGGGUAGCUUUUGCCCAAUUAGAAGAAAUAUGUGUAGCUGCGAAUAUGCCGUGUCUGUCUGAAAAGACAUAUAUAAAACAUCGAGAAAUAAUAAUCGAUGAUUUUCAAAAAAUAGCCAUGGAAAAUAUGAAAAUGGCAUGCGAAGCUGAAAAGCGACUCGCUUUAGACAGAAACGAAGUUAUCAAUGGUGUUCCAUAUAUAACCGUUGCAGCGGAUGGUAGCUGGAUGAAGAGAUCGUAUGGCACUGCAUACGAUUCACUUUCUGGUAUUGGAGCUAUCAUCGGUUAUCGUACACAAAAAGUCCUCUUUGUCGGUAUCCGUAACAAAUUUUGUACCGUUUGUAAUAUAGCGGAACGAAGAGGUACCAAAGCAAAAAGUCAUAGAUGCUAUAAAAAUUUUGACCGCAAUGCAAGCUCUACAAAAAUGGAGAGUGAUGCUAUUGUUGAAGGUUUUAAAAAUAGUAUCGAAAUGCAUGGACUGAUUUUUAGAACAGUCAUUGCCGAUGGUGACAGCAAUGUGUAUCAGUCCAUUAUUGACAACAGACCAUAUAGACAGCAAAUGGUAACAGUGAAAAAAAUAGAAUGCACAAAUCAUUUGCUACGUAAUCUAUGCAAAAAAACUCGUCGUACAGACGUCUGUGCCAAAACUGCAUAGAAAUCGUAACUUUAUUUUGUGCCGAAAUGUUGUAAGCAAAAACAUUUUAAAAAUUCGGAAAGAAGUUGUAGAAACAGCUGCUAUUCGAAGACAGGGAAACGAGCCUCACCAUUGCAUGGCUAUGGAAUUACAAAAAGAUAUAUUAAAUAUUCCUAGCCAUAUCUUUGGUGAACAUAAGCGUUGCAAGGAACGUGGUCGUAUAUGCGAAAAGAAUGAUAAGACGAAGGGAAAAAAUUAUGUACCAUUUCUCAAAAUAUACGGCCUUUAUGAAAAAAUACAGAGUGCUGUCACAUAUCUGAGCGCUUAUUCCGAUAGUUUGCUGUUUAAUUUUACAAAUAAUCCCGCAGAAUCGUUCAACUCGAUAGUCUGCAAAGUAAUCGGUGGAAAGCGCAUCAAUUUUGGUACACGAGGUUCUUACAACACAAGAAUUGCAGGA